CUUUUAACCAGUGAUCCGGGACAGCGGGCUGUUUUAAGAAAAUCGGGACUGUCCCGGUAAAAGCGGGACUGUUGGGCGGGAGAAGGACUGGGGCAUGAAUCGAGACGGAGCCCCCGGGAAGAGUCCGGAAGAAAUGUACAUUCAGCAGAAGGUGCGAGUCCUUCUCAUGCUGCGGAAAAUGGGUUCCAAUCUCACUCCAAGUGAAGAGGCAUUUCUGCGCUCAUAUGCAGGAGUGGUAAAUAGUCAGCUUAGCCAGCUGCCACAGCACUCUCUUGAUCAAGGUGCUGAGGAUGUGGUUAUGGCAUUUUCUAGAUCAGAAACAGAAGAUCGAAGGCAGUAAUGCCGGCAGCAGGCAUUGUCUAGCAUAUAGCACAGAUGAACAAAGCCAAGACACUCAAAAGCUUCUACUGAACAGUAUCCCAAGACUUUUUCCACGCACUCCGGAUUCAUAAACUCUCCUGAAGUUUCCCCAAGACCUGCUUUUAAUCUGUUCAUUCAGUUACUGAAAGUAAAUGAUUUUUUUCUAAAUCCUGUUCAAAAAUAAGCAGUUUGGCACAAAACUGUUUAAAGAAGAGUAUCCUGUGGCUCCUCUUAAAGGUUUUAUUUUUUUUCUUUUUGUGGUUGUUUUUUUUUUUUAAUUUUGCUGCUGACAAAAGCCACCUUUGUUUUUUAUUUUUUUUUAUUAUUGUAUAUGCUCAUUUUGCUGAAUGAGGCAGUUUGACAUUUUUUCACAUAGGCCAGCUCUACUAAAAGAGCUGAAUAUAAUUGAAACUGGAAGUAUUUAUUAGGGUGGCUUCUAGUUGAAGAUCUGUGCUCUCCCACUGACAUUUUUAAAUGGACUUUAGUUUUAUUUUAAUACUGAAAAUGUUCUUUUUGUUUGUUUUUGUAUGUUAAAGCUUCGGCUGUUACACACUGUGUCACUGACUUGAAAGAAGCCAGCUUUUUGUAAUAUUUAUUACAGUUUUUGGGAAAACAGUGUAUACUACUCCUUUGUAUUUUAUUUUGCAUAAUGAUUGUUAGCCAUGUAAGACACUUAAGCCUUUUCUAACUAUUUAUAAGAAAGGCAAAAGGGAAACACUAUAUUCCAUUUGUUUGUUCAGUUGGUUUAUGUGCAUGUGUGGGAGGUGGGCUUGAAAGUUUUGGUUUUUUUUGUCAGUGUCAACAUGGAUAUUUUCCCCCUUAGAGAUUAAACUUUGUGUAAAUUGCCACAAGAUGUGACCUAGUUCUGAAGAAGAUCUAGAUGUGCUUUCAGGAUCACAGCGAUUAUCACACAAAACAAAAAGAAACAUGAAUUACCCUUUGUUUUAAAGGUUCAUUAUUCUUCCUAAACCAAAUGUAUUAUGAAGUUUUUGCUGUAACGGAUUCUACUCUUUUGGGAAAGGAGUCCACUACACAGCGUUGUUGUUGGAGUAUGCUUUCAUUCUGCCAUGAGAGAGAGCAUUAGUCAGCUUGGGCUCUAUUAUAUUUGUCAAAUAGUUUUCUGAGGAAAGGAAUAAAAUAUCAGAGGACAAAA